AAAAACGAAACCAAAGGAAAUAAAAUCUCUGAAAGGGAAAAAAAAACUCAAAAUCAACAGAUCGAAGUGAAAAUGGAGUGCGUGUUCGGUUUAGUGGGCAACGACUUUGCCAUAGUGGCGGCGGACACGUCGGCUGUUCACAGCAUCCUUGUUCACAAAUCUAACGAAGAUAAGAUCAUGAUCCUCGAUUCUCACAAACUCAUCGCCGCCAGCGGUGAAUCCGGUGACAGAGUGCAGUUCACGGAGUAUGUACAGAAAAAUGUGGCCUUGUAUCAGUUCCGAAACGGUAUUCCUUUGACGACUGCCGCCGCCGCUAAUUUCACUCGCGGUGAGCUUGCCACUGCCUUAAGGAAGAAUCCAUACUUUGUGAACAUCCUUCUUGCUGGCUAUGACAAAGAGACAGGCCCAUCUCUGUUCUAUAUUGACUACAUUGCUACACUUCAUAAGGUUGAUAAGGGAGCAUUUGGUUAUGGAUCCUACUUUUCUCUCGCUAUGAUGGACAGGCACUACAAAAGUGGCAUGACAGUGGAAGAAGCCAUUGAUUUAGUUGAUAAAUGCAUAAUGGAGAUCAGAUCAAGACUGGUUGUGGCACCACCAAACUUUGUCAUCAAGAUUGUCGAUAAAGAUGGAGCAAGAGAAUAUGCCUGGCGUGAAUCCGUCAAGGAUGCUGCAGUUCCUUCGGCCUGAGAUUUUAUCACGUACUUGCUCUCCCGUUCUGGAUGUUUUAAUUUGCAUUUACCGAUAGGAAACAAUGUGUGACGGCAGUGAAAAUUAGUAUAUGAAAAACUAUUUACUUUGAUUUGAUUAUGUUCUGAAGUGGAAAUUUGAUGAUAUUUUAUCUUGGAAUGGAAACCUUUUUAUGUGCCUCCAGGUAGAGGGAAGACCA